AUGGAAGAAUUAAUUCGAUCAGUUAUACAAUUUGAUGGUGCUCUAAAUCAAGAUGUUAUUCAAUGGCUAGAAUAUAUUGAAGAAGUAUUUGAUCGAGUACAAUUACAAACAUCAAAUAAAUAUAUUGCUAUACAAUACUUUUUAACUAAUAGUGCUGCUACGUGGUUUAAAUAUAAGAAAUCAAAUAUUUCUGAUUGGUUUACAUUUAAACGUGAACUUAUUGAAGCUUUUCAAUCGUCGUCCUCCUUUUCCUCAUCACAUCUUCUUGAUCAACAUCAAUUAAUAAUUAAAGAAGAACCACAAAAACUUGAACAAGAACAAGAUAUAUUACCUGUUCCUGCAUCGACUUCAACAAUAUCCAACAAGAAAAAUGAUAGUGAAAAUUAUCAAUUAGAUUUACUUCAUGAUGGUUCGAUUAAAUCAUUAGAAAAUUUAGAAGUUGAUAAUUUAGAAGAUAAAUGUUUACGUGAACAUGAACAAGGUUAUUACUCAUCUAUGUUAGUUAAUACUAAUGAUUUUGAUCUGGAUAUUCAACAUCAAGAUGCAGAUGCAGCAGAUAGUUGUGAUACACAACAACAAGGUGAAUCUGUUAUUAAUUCUGAUUCUGUUCAAACUGAUAUUGAAGAUACUUUUGAAGAUUUUACUCGACCUAUGGAUAGUUUAACAGGUAAUGAUUCAUUAAUUAAUAUUGUUUUACCACAUGAUGUUCAAUAUUUAUGGUCUGAUAAAUAUUAG